AUGGGUUGUGGAUUAUCGAACAAAACAACAGCAACAAUAACAACGACAGCAACGGAUAAUGAUGAAUCUAUACCAGAUGAAUGUGCAACAUUAUAUCAAGAAAAUAAAAUACGUAAGAUUCUUCCAACUUAUUCUGGAAAUCGUUCUCAUCAAUCAUCGGAUUAUGUUAAUACAUUUUCACCAAGAACAGUUACUAGUUCUCACUCAUCUAGUUUUAAUCCAAUGAAAUCUCUAUCAAACAAUAAUAAUACUGAAUUAAAUUUACGAUUAAUUGGUGAUGUACAAAAUGAACCAAUAAAUCUUUUAAAUCCAAUUUAUGGAUACGAACAUUAUUCACUUGUUUCACUUGAAGAAGCAUGUAAACCUCUUUUACCAUUUAUUAAUGAUUUAAACUAUUAUAUUAGUAUUGCUAAACAAAAUUCAAAGAAACCAAGUGAUAAUCUUACAAUAGAUGAAUCAGCUUCUAUUUAUUUAUAUACAUUAGAAUGGUCAGAUGCUUUAUAUCGAAAAUUAAAUUUUAAUUUACGUCAAUCAAAACGAGAUAAACUUAUUCCAUGGUUUUCAUAUUUAAAAUUAUUUCUUACAGCUCUUUUUAAAUUACCAAAUAUUGAAAGUGAAAUUAUUUGGAGGGGAAAUGAAAUUAAAUUUGAUGGUUAUAAAACAGGUACAUAUCAUAUUUGGUGGGCAUUUUCAUCAUGUACAUUAAAUCUUAAACUACUUGAAUCACAAAUGUAUCUUGGAAAACAAAAAAAUCGAACAAUUUUUUCUAUUCAAGUAUUAAAUGGAAAAAAUAUUCGUAAUCAUUCAUAUUUUAAGAAUGAUAAUGAAAUUCUUCUUAUGCCUGGAACUUAUUUUAAAGUCAUUAAUGAAGGAAGUUCAUCAUCUAAUCUUCAUAUUAUUCAACUUAAACAAAUUCAACCACCUCAUGUUUUAUUAGAACCACCUUUUCAAAUAGCUGAAGAAGAAGAAGAUGAAGAUGAUGAAGGAUUUGAAACUGAAAGGUCGAUUGAUUAUAAAAAAAAUCAUAUGAAGGCUCAAACAAAUAGUCCAAUACAAUCAAGUGAAAAUAAAAAUUCGCCGAUACAAGAAGAAAAACUUACGUUUACAAAGAUUUCAAAUGCAUUGAAUAAUCGUUCUGAAAUUCCAAAUGGUUAUGCUGGAUUUAAUUGGAUAAAUAUUGAUUAUAUUGGUAAAAAUUAUAUUCGUCGUAAUAAACCUAAUUGGAUGAAACUUUUCAAUUUUUAUGAUGUUAUUGCAAUAACAAAUCGUCAUGAUCAUUUUCCUAUGAGUAUCGAACGAAUUAAUGGACAGACUUUCACUGUUCACAGUAUUGAAGUUAGUUCUGUUGAUGAAAAAGGACAACUUAGUAUAAACGGCUUAUUCAAUGGUGAAAAAGUGUGCGAAGGAGUUCUUGAUCUUGAUAAUCAACAAGUAUUGGUUGUUGAUUUGGAAUGGGAAGAUAUUGACACUUUAGAAUUCAAUGCAAAUAUUAAAAUAGCUAUUCAUUCCGUCAUUUUUGAAAAUGUUGAUUUUUAA